UCCCUCCCUCCUUCCCUCCUUCCCUCAGGCUGCCCUGGCAGCUGGCGCGGAGGUACCGCGGUUGCGGUGGGGAAAAGCCGCGGAACCGAGCCGAACCGAGCCCCCCCCCCCCCCGCCGCGCCAUGCCGGCCGCCGCGCCGCCCCCGCUCCACCCCGCGGCGGGCUCCUGCUGCCCCUACGGCCACUGCGCGGGACACCGAGACUUGUUUGACCAUUCGUCACACAAUGCAAGCUCAAAAGUAAAAGAGAGGAAACUACAAGGGACUUGUCCUCCUGUUGGUCGUGGAAACUAUGGAAAACCAUGUUUAAGUGAAAGCAGUCAUAGGUCCCCGUUUUUUAAUCCCCGUAAUGGUUUUCACACGAUACAUUCAGAGCACAGUCCUGUGAAACCAAGGAUUAUUACAGUGGUGAAACCCGGUGGACGCACACUCAGAAGGAUAACCUUGCUUCUCAACAGGAGAUCGGUCCAGACCUUUGAACAGCUGAUGGCUGACAUUUCAGAAGCUCUGGGAUUUCCACGCUGGAAGAAUGACCGUGUGAGAAAGCUUUACAAUCUGAGAGGCAGAGAAAUAUGUAGUGUCUCUGACUUCUUCAGGGAAGGUGAUGCAUUCAUAGCUAUGGGGAGGGAGCCCCUCACUUUGAAGAACCUAGAAGUGGUAUUACAAGAACUUUAUCCUGAAAAUCCAUAUGCUGCCAGUGCUGCCAUUCAGCAGAAUGAGGAGCAAUCCCAAAAACUGAAGAGCAGGCUGUAUGACAAGGCUUCCAAAGUAGACAGUGGCUUUGAUGAGACAGAAAUUACCAAGAGCUGCAGUGGUAGCAUGUCUCCCAAACUGGUAGCUGGACAUGAAGGAAAAAGUCAAGUCAAGACAAAGCAAGAGGAAAAAAUGAGAACCAAAAAAAAGUGGAGUAGAGAGAGCUGGGGUGGUGAGCAAGGAGUGAAGUCUUCUAGAAAAACCCGAGAAAGCGAGAGGUACCUUAACCGUGAGAGGAGUCCUGAGGAUGGAUUAGAAGAGAGUUCAGAGGAGGUGCUGAGGUGUGAGAAGUGUGAACAGGAAAGGCAGGCCAGACAGAAGUUACAAAGGGAAAGGCAGGCUGAGGCCUCAUUUGAGAACAGAGACCUGAACACAGGCGCAUGUCAGAGGUACAAUGUAGAAAGAAAUGCAAAAGUCAGGAAUUGCCGAAAAUCUUCAGAAACUUGUCUGGAAGGUGAGGAAGUUGUUUGGAAGGAUAAUGGCUGUAGGAGAACAUGGAAGCCCCUACAUAGGAAUGUUAAUGAAGGGCUGGAGAAGCAAAAAAGGAGCAUUGAGAAGGAAAGGGAUGUGGAGAAACAUGAAAACCAUGGGAAGGAGGUAGUAAAAAUCAAGAAGAAUGCUGCAGAAGGGCUGCAGCUAACUCAUGAAGUGAAGGAAGAGAAUGGAAGUAGUUGUGUAAUGAACCAAAGUGGUUGGCUAAAGAAAGACAUUCCGAGGGAUGCUGAGAAACCAUCUAAAACACAUAGGGAGGGCAGAGAGGGUCAAAGGGCUAAAGAAGAGGGUGCCAGGAGAGAGGGGAAUAUUGCACAUAGAGAGUGUGACAUGACGCGACGAGAAAAAACGGGAGAGCGCAGAGUGAAUAAAGAAGAAAACAAGGCUCAGGGAUUGGAAAACACAAGUCGGAGGCAUGCCAUUAAAGCCAGAACUGAUGUGGAAAAACACUAUGAGAUUGGCAGAACUAUUGGGGAUGGGAACUUUGCAGUGGUGAAGGAAUGUCGCCACUGUGACUCCAAUCAGAUCUAUGCCAUGAAAAUUGUUGAUAAAUCCAAGCUGAAGGGGAAAGAGGACAUGAUGGAAAGUGAAAUUCUGAUCAUUAGGAGUCUCUCUCAUCCCAAUAUAGUAAGCUUAAUUGAAGUGUAUGAGACAGAAGCUGAGAUUUACCUAAUCUUAGAGUAUGUUCCAGGAGGGGACUUAUUUGAUGCAAUCAUAGAAAGUGUGAAGUUCACAGAGCAUGAUGCUGCUGUCAUGAUCACCGACCUGUGUGAAGCACUGGUUUAUAUUCACAGCAAGAACAUUGUCCACAGGGACCUCAAACCAGAGAAUCUUUUGGUUCAGCAUAAUGCAGAUAAAUCUACUACACUGAAACUAGCAGAUUUUGGCCUUGCAAAGCAGGUUACGAAACCCAUAUUUACCGUUUGUGGAACACCCACAUACGUUGCCCCUGAAAUACUUGCUGAGAAGGGCUAUGGGCUCGAAGUAGAUAUGUGGGCAGCUGGUGUGAUCCUUUACAUUCUGCUCUGUGGUUUUCCCCCUUUUCGCAGUCAGGAACGUGAUCAAGAAGAGCUGUUUCAGAUCAUACAACUGGGUCACUAUGAGUUCCUUUCCCCAUACUGGGACAAUAUUUCUGCAGCAGCAAAAGACCUCAUAACCAGGCUGUUGAUAGUGGAUCCCCAGAAGCGCUACACAGCACGACAAGUACUUCAGCACCCUUGGAUCAGAACAGCUGGAAAAACUAACAGCAGAAAUUUGCAGAGGGAAGUGACAAUAAAUAUUGAACGCCAUUUCCGGGCCCAGCGCCGAAAGGAAGUUGCUGAUGAGGGCACGUGAAGUCUCUUCAAGCUCAUUUAGUCGUCCUUUUGUUGAAUAACAAAUUAUUUGUGUUUUCUUUUCCAAAUGAAUUGGGCCUUUAGUGUAUAGCUGUUGCUGGCUAUCGCCAUGCCUGUUUUUUUUUUUUUUUUUUUUUUGUGGUUCUGAGAUUCUGAAGGACAGAGAUUCACAUCCACUUCCCCAGAUGGUACUUAAGAGUCUCUCUGUUGACAGCAGUGGGGACUGGAUAUUUCCUGGAGAGUAUCUAUUAUUUUUCUUUAAUUACUGAUUUGGGCUUUUACAUUACAAAAUGUAUAUCUGUUUUAGAUAACAGAUGUAUGCUUUUGUGGCUGACACUAGUGAUGACUCUUCUCUUGUCUUAUUUGUAUGAUAUCUUCCAGGAGUUUUGUGUUUAUAAUGUUUUCAAAAUAGCAGUCUGCAUACACAUCCUGCACUAAUUCUCUAAACUGUCUUUUCACCAAUUCCUGCUAGUAAUGGAGAAGGUGAAGGAGUUAAAAAAAAAGUAAAUAUAUUCUUUAGCUGUAGCAUAUGUUAAAUAAGCAGCAAGAUACUAUUUAUUAAGUUGUGAAGGAAGAAAAAUCCUUAUAGACUAAAUCAGAUGUUUUAUGAUAUCUCCCUUGGCAACAUCUUUCAUUGGAUGUUCUCAGGGACAGGGUAGUAGAUGGUACAGUGUUUCUGUUAAAUUAUGGUGGUGCUGUGUAGUAUGGUAGUUUCAUUUGUUUAUGAGAAGUGGGAAGGUAUUGUGUCUGAUACCUUUUCAAGACUAUAAUAAUAACUUUCAAGGAGCUUUUCUUCCUACUCUGGGAAGUAUAAGUUAAGCAAUUCUAAGAGAACUUUGGUUCUUUUCCCAAAGGUGUAUUUAUGGAAUGAUAACUCAAGCUUUUUCUCAUACUGAUUUUUUUUCUUAGGAGCCAUCCACAUGCAUCUGUGACUCUUCCAUGCUGAUGGAAAAUACAAAGCUGUGAAGCUGCUUUUGUGAUUUCAGUUAAUCCUUAUCUUCACGGUUCCCCUUUAAUCAACACACUUCACAGCUUAAUUGACUGUAUACACUUUUUCAGUGUAGUUUAGCAAUUGUUUAGUUUUUCUCCCCUGUUGUCUUCCCUGGGGACUCUUUCCCCUUGCUUUCAUGAGAAUGGACAAUGAGAUGAAAUUCCGUUAAAAUUCAACUUGGGGAAAAACAACAACUUGUUGGAUACAGAAAAGUCUCCCAGGGGAAGUGUCAGAUGCUUCAUUGCAUGUUUUUCUUAUAAUUUGAUUGGAUGCGAUUUUAAAGAAAUCCUGCAGGGAAAAAAAUACAGUCCUGAGAAGGGACAUGACCUAGAACAGCUUUUGAAUCUCAGAAUUUUUAGUUAACUAAUCAAAUCCAAAAAGCACUUGAGUUGUCCAUUUUAUAAUGCUUUGUCCAUGAGUUCCAUGUUCUAGCAAAUAAUAUUGAUGUUAAAAUAUCAGUGGUAUUAGCAUUGAAUUCAUAGCUUGUAGAAAUGAAUGAGGAUAUUUUACAAUUUCAGAGCUGAUGCUCUGACUAUGUAUUUCACAAUCAGAAAUGUCAGAAGCAUUUCAGAAUUAGUAGAACAUUUUAAUAACUAUAUGAACCAGAAUAUUAUUUUGGGUGAGUGCUAGUAUUUUGUGUGAACUUUCUGAAUUACCAAAAAGUGUGGGGUACAGUCAUAUUUCUGUUUCAAUUUGUGACUGUUCUGCUGCAAGAAUGAUGUAUGAAAGUAGAGACAACUUGGCUCUUAAAGGAGAAUUGCACUUUCAAUUUAACUUAUUUUUAAUAUAUAUUGGAAUAAGACUUGCUGUGGAGUUCAAGAAUUUGUGAAACAAACCAGUCAAAUCUUUACUGUAUGCCCAAGUAGUAUCUAUAUGAUAUGUCUUACCUCUGCUUUAGAGGCCCUGAGUCAGGAAGACUUUCCCUUUUCCCUUUUUAAGUGCUUUCCUGAGUUAAGGCUAUGUGUAACCUAAUAGUCUAAAAACAUUAUGUAGUCUUUGAGUAUUAGUAAUAACUUCUCCUCUGUUAAUUUAAGUCUAUUUUGGAUAGGAAACUGUGGAAAAAUAGCUUCUGACUUGCAAUAUUAUAUUUUGUAAUUAUCUUAUUUUUAAUAUAGUCAUUUAGGAAUAAAGUUUGAAGUGACAAAAAUAAUAUUUUAUUGGCAAUGAAUCUGACAGUUUGGAGGUUGUGUUACGAGUUGCCUUUUUCACCUUCAAGAACCUGUCUACAGCCUUAUUCAUAGUGCAGAAGAUAGAGCGUUUGCUUGUAAUUAAUAUAAAAGUAAUUAUUUUUUCAAAGAUUUUGGUUUUCUAUCAAGUUCUCUGCGUCCCAGACAGACUAAACAUGGACUGUGCUGCGAACUGUCACCGCAUUGCAUCUGUAAGUACAGACACUGCUGUGGCAGCGCUGAGGGACUGGCUUGUUGGUGUUGCUAAUAGACAUGUGGCGUUAGGCCCUCCUUCAGGUUGGGGGCUGAAAAAGCUUCCAGGUGCUUCUCAGGGUUUUUGCCUCUUUCUUCCUCUCUCCUACUUAGAUAUUCCUCCUUUUCUCCUGUUGCUUCCAGUGUUCUUGCUCUGCCUCCAUGCUACUCUAAGGGGUCCGGGUCCCCAGUCCUUAUGGAGUAAGUUGCUUGAAGCAAUGAGAACACAUAUGAUUUUGGAAAGCUCAGCCUCAAGCAUUGCUUGCUGAUGUUGAAAGUUAAUAAGAUUAGAGAGGUCUCACACAGGAAAACAGUGAAAAGCCCUUAUUGGUCUCAAAGAUGUCCCCUCACUACUGACUUUUCUCAAUCUUUUCCCACUGCAUGACAUUCAGACUCAGACCUGAUCUUUAUGCUCUGUAAGACAGUUUCUAACACCUCAACCAAAUUCAAACUCUAGAGUUGAGGAGUUUUGCUGUUCUGACUUCCUUUCCUGAGAUUUUUCAAAUGAUUAUUGGCUCCUUGGGUGCCGGAGUCAUCUUCCCCUUAUGCUUGCAUUUCUUGGUUGGUUCCUUUGUCUACAGGAGGUCUGAGGAGGCUCAAAGCUGGGGAAGAUUAAAGUCUCACAGAGAGCAAGUUCUUGCUUAUUUGUUAGGGAGAAGAAAUAUCCCUCCUUGUCCUUCAUUUAAUCUGUGUGAUUUAGACUUUCAUACAGCCUUAUAUUCCACCGAAAGUAAAACAAGCUGUAGUGUUUCUAACUCUUUAGAUACUAACAAUGAAGAAAGUCAAAAUAUACCAGCAAGAAAAACAAACCAAAAACCCCAAAAAGUUAAGUGCGGAAAGUGAAUUUGUACUGCAGACCUCAAUAGAAAAUAUCCACUUACAGGAGAUUUGCUAGGUCUCGGGCAACAGAAAGGAAGAACCUGUUUUUCCUGCAACCUUUUGCAAAUCAGCUGAGUAGGAAUCCUUUCAUGUUUCUUACAGCUGUUGGUUGCCAGAGAUCCUGACCAGGUUCUAGUUAUUCCAGGGUUAUUUCAUUACUCUCUGGUAUUGACUAUUCCAAAAUUUUUAGAAACCAGAGACCCUGACUCUCUGUUAUCUUAAAUCAUAAACAUAGUUGGUUGCAGUUUUUACACACUCUCGUAUUUUCAUGCCCUAACUGUAAGACUUCUCAGACUUUUGAGGCACCAAGAUCCAACCAUAUAGACUUACGUCAUCAAUGUGUGUCACUAGGAAAUUUAAUUGCUGGGUCUGCACUUAAAAUCACAGUCAAGGCUUUCAACUACAGUAGUGACAAAAGUGGUCACUGCAGUAUAGCUGGGGUCUAUGUGAGGAUGUGCCUCUCCCAGAGAUCAGCUGAAGAGUCCAAUUAAGCAUUUUGAGCAUCCUUGAAAGCCAGUGUUACUAGUUUUGUGAAUGUUAGGAGUUUCUGAACGUUAAGUCCAGGCUUUUAGUGACUGCCUGUGACUGACAAACUUAGUAGUAACUCUCUCCAGUGGUAAACUUUCCAUUGUUUAAAGGUAGAGUGGUCCUUGCAUGUCCCCUUACCAUUUGUCCACCAAGGUCAACCUCUUCACUUUCAGGUAUGUAUUAUGUUUCAUUGAUCCUAGACCUCAUCUCCCUAUUUUCUAUCGCCUAUUAUCUGCCUACUGUCAUCUACCUCUCUUCUCCCCUUGGAUGACUCUCAUUACUGAAAAAUGGUGAAAUCUUCACAUAUGAAUAUGUUUUUCUUCAGGAAACUCUGGCCUUAGAAAUGGGACAUAGGGAUGGGAACAGCACAGGUAAAUGAGCAAAAUAUUUUGAAAGUGUUCAGGCAUCUGUAAGUGUACAAAAGAUACUAGUGUUUCACAUUGCAUAGUGCAUAUCUACCUUAAAAUGAACAAUGGGAAUUUGGUCCUUGCUUGUAUCUUUAGCAACCUAAUAUUUAAAAAUGUGUGUCCAAGAGACUUGUGAUUGAAACUUGGCAGUACAGCAAGGACUCUGUUUCCUCUGAGACACAGACACUUUGGUUUCUUUUAUUCAGGGUCCCUUCUUCUUCACUGAAUAUUGUUCAGCCAUUCUGUGGGAUAGCUGAACUGAGAACCCAUUAAAUCUGCCAUCUGCGUUCUGACUGGCAUUAGAGGUGGAUUUCCCAUAUCUGUUACUGCAAUUUUUGGCUGUGGGGUGAAAGAGGGUUAGUGGGAUAUUACCCUCUGAGCUGGGGCCUUUUGGGUUAUGGUCCUACAGUGAAAGUGAAAUUUCUGAGUUGGCUGCUUGCUUUUCUGCAGGUAUCCGGAUUUGGGGCAGUAUUCAGUCUGCUUGAGAAUAUAGUAGAUUUGCUGUGCUUAUAAACUGAUCUUCCCAAACACAAGUAUCAGCCUGAAAUCUUUCUCCUACCAUUUCUUCUGUUGCCUAGAUUUCUCUUAAUUUAAGCAACGUAUGGAAAAUGUUUUUUAAGUUGCUGGGCAUGCAUUUUUCUGUCCUCUCUGAGUCCACUUGUACAAUUCUUUACUGUUGAUGUUCUUGUCCUGAAAGGAAUAUGGGCACUUUAACUGGGCUGACAGUGUAUAUUGGCACUGUUCGUUCUACAAUGUGGUUUAUUUGCAACUAGGCUGAAGGUGUAAUUUUCUAAAUUAAAAUACAUUAUAGACUUCAGCAGAAAAGAGGUUGUUCCUUCGCUCCUGCCUCCCCCCCCCACACCCCGCCCUAAAUAAAGGCAAACUAUAUAUUGGAUGUUAUAUUUCAAUAUUCUUUCCAAUAAAUUGGGAAACAAUUGUGUGGCUGA